GUUGUCAAAAGCUUGCUUCGAAGUGGAACUUGCAUCUUGGAUCAAAUCUAUUGUAGGCAGGGAUCUAGGCAUCCGCUCUCUUUUCGAUCUCGUUUUCGGAAGUGCAGUUUUUUUCCUCACUUCACCCGUUCUUGCUUUCACUGACAGUCGUCUUCAGGGUCAUUUUUAUGAAUAAAUAUAUCAGGGAACAUAAUGCACCAAAACGAGGCCUUGGGAGUAAUGAAGAUUUGCUGCAUCGGAGCUGGUGGUUUCAUUCAAAGAAAAUGGAGUCAAAUGGAAAGAAAUUAUGCAAAUUCGUGGGAAGGGGUCUUUGAAAACAUACUCCCAAGUUGCUUUCGAGGUUUCCUAAGACACUCACUCCUACACGUGUGGUUUCGGUCCUGCGUUUACAAUGUCUCAUUUCCGAGAUCACUGGUACGUGUCAUGGACCUACAUAGGAUGUCAAUCUAAGUAGCUUAUUCACACUUAGAAACGCACGAACAGCAAAGCAGUUGUGUAGGAAAAGAUGUUUAAACUUUUCGCCAUUGUUCACGUUCCAAUCGAAGGAGUUGAAAUCCCCCCAUCCACCCCAUGCUCUUCUCGUCUUUUCUUUGUUCCUCGUACCCCAUUUCCCCUUUCAUUUUCCAGAUAUGCUUUUAAUCCCGGACAAUUUGCUCCUGGCGACCAAUAUCAUCCUAGGCUGGGUUCUACCCGGUGCGAUGCCCUAUUCAAGAGGUGCUCCAGUUUCUCAAUGUGAAUAUAUGACGCCCAAGCAUGGGUUCCAACCGCAGAUUACAAAGGCUUUUCCGACUUUUGAAGUGGGAACCACAAGGAACACCCCGCCCAAGAUCCGCUCGGAUGAAUCGAUCCUGAUCAAGUUGAAGAGCUCUUUGGGCAUUUUCCGGGGUUUCAUGAUCAAGGCUGAGGAGGCGGAGACUUCUCGAAUCGCCCCCGGUCUGGGCACGUGGUGGGUCAACAGCUCGUUCCCGGGUGUGAGUUACCUCAAUUGUGGUCAACGUCUCCAAAACACUCUCACUCACAAUCAAGAGACCUUUUCUCAUACGGAGGUGGUGGCAGAUUGGCAGCCUCCUUUGAACUUCUCGGGAGAGGUUCGAUUCAGAGCCACCGUGGUCGAGGAUUACAAAACAUUCUGGAAAAACAUCGUCUCCGAGACCUUGACGGUGAAGCGAGCCUCAUCCCAGCAGAUCCGAGUGGUGUCGUUGGAGGAAAAUCAAAUGCUUGAGCGUUUGGAUAGGAGGCCCCGUCAGCAACGACAAGAGGAACGAUUGCAGGAGAGAGAAAAAGAUCCCAAUUCCGUCGACACUCAUCAGUUUCGCUUUUUAGAACACGAGAUCCACGUGAAACCGCCGCCCAACCAGAUUCCAAGUGGAAACGGAAACUCCAAAUUUAGAAACUUGGAUCGGAACCCGAGAAGUGGAGCGUCGAAAGGUUUGGAAGGCCAUUUUUGGAGCAUAAGCAUGCUUCUGUUCAAGUUAAUCCUUAUGUAAAGUAAUCACAUUAAACAUGGUUGAGACCUUGAUCACCCGUACCUCAGGUAAAGCUUAUAAAUAAAGAG